UGGGAAGGCGGGAGCCGAGUUUGGAGCGGGGCGUCUUGAGCGCGCCUGCGCAGCGGCUGGCGCGGGGCGCGAGAUCGGCCCCGCCUCCACCCCUCGCGCGAUGGCGACCCGGGAGGUGGCGGAGGAGCCGGCGGAGGAGCGGGUGAUCGGUGAGGAGUACCGCGUGUGGAAGAAGAACACGCCCUUCCUCUACGACCUGGUCAUGACCCACGCGUUGGAGUGGCCCAGCCUCACCGUGCAGUGGCUGCCUGACGUCACCAGGCCAGAAGGAAAAGACCAUGCCCUUCACUGGUUAGUGUUGGGAACACACACCUCUGAUGAACAGAACCAUUUGGUGGUUGCAAGAGUCCAGAUUCCUAAUGAUGAUCAGUUUGAUGUCUCUCAAUAUGAUAGUGAGAAGGGAGAAUUUGGCGGCUUUGGAUCAGUAACAGGCAAAAUUGAAACUGAAAUAAAGAUUAACCAUGAAGGUGAAGUAAAUCGUGCUCGCUACAUGCCCCAGAACCCCUGCAUCAUUGCUACAAAAACACCAACUGCAGAUGUGCUGGUCUUUGAUUACACUAAACAUCCCUCUAAGCCAGACCCAAGUGGAGAGUGUAAUCCUGACCUGAGGUUAAGGGGACAUCAGAAAGAAGGAUACGGCUUAUCGUGGAACUCCAAUUUGAGUGGGCACCUUCUCAGUGCAUCUGAUGACCAUACUGUCUGCUUAUGGGAUAUAAGUGCAGGACCAACAGAAGGCAAAGUUGUUGAUGCAAAAGCAGUCUUUACUGGACAUUCUGCGGUAGUAGAAGAUGUGGCAUGGCAUCUGCUCCAUGAAUCUUUAUUUGGAUCUGUUGCUGAUGAUCAGAAACUUAUGAUUUGGGACACGAGGUCCAAUACUACAUCCAAGCCAAGUCAUUCUGUAGAUGCCCAUACUGCUGAGGUCAACUGCCUGUCCUUCAAUCCUUACAGCGAGUUCAUUCUAGCAACGGGUUCUGCUGACAAGACUGUUGCUUUGUGGGAUCUACGAAACCUUAAAUUAAAACUGCACUCUUUUGAGUCUCAUAAAGAUGAAAUCUUUCAGGUUCACUGGUCUCCUCAUAAUGAAACAAUUCUUGCUUCCAGUGGUACUGAUCGUCGGCUUAAUGUAUGGGAUCUAAGUAAAAUUGGAGAAGAGCAGUCUGCAGAGGAUGCUGAAGAUGGGCCUCCUGAACUUUUGUUCAUUCAUGGAGGACACACUGCCAAGAUUUCAGAUUUUAGUUGGAAUCCUAAUGAACCUUGGGUAAUUUGCUCUGUAUCUGAGGAUAACAUAAUGCAAGUAUGGCAGAUGGCUGAAAACAUAUACAACGAUGAAGAAACAGACAUAGCAGCAGCGGAACUGGAGGGCCAAGGAACGUAAUAUUUUUGACAAGAAAAAAUAAUAUGGGAUGUUUGUGAAGGGGCUAAUAUAUUAAUAUACGUUUUUUACUACUAUACUCAUUCAGUAUAUUCUCAGUUGAAUGUAAUUCUUGUAUUGGUGCUUAUUUGUUGUUAAGCACAUAAUGCUUGUAUAGUUAAUGCAAUGGAAACUCCCUGAUUAUUUUGGCACUUUGAAGUGAGUUACUGCAUAAUGUACAGCUUAGUUACUAGGGGAAAUAGGAAUGACUUAAUAUCAAGACCUAUAUUUUUUAAAAAGAAGCUUGCAGGUUCCUGUAAAUAAGACAGCUUAAAAAUCCUCUUCCCAGAGUGUAAGUACGAAAGAAGUUUUAAGAUGUAAAAAUGAGAUUUUUCACUUUUACAGAUUGCUUCCUGAUUGGCUUUGCAUAAAAAAAUAAAACUUUGAAGCAAAA